CCUGUGGCAGGGCUUUGAGGGGUUGGCUGCGCCGCUGCAGGAUAGAAGUGGGUCGGUGGGGGUCCCGGCACCCCAGUGCUCUGAGUUCUAGGUGCGCCUUGCCAAGUUCCAGGCGUGUGCGGAAGAGGCUCCCCCUCUGUCCUCGGGGCGCCUCCGGAGCGGUCUGCAGGAAGACUCCUCCAUCCUGCCUGCUGGGGUCCAAGGGGUUUUCAGUACAUCCCUUCCGUGGUUGCGAAGUCUCUCCUCCCCUCUGACUCAGCUUUGCUGUGCUGGCCAGGCUGUGUUCCCCUUUUAGCCUGCGAGGAAAAGAUGCACACCUGGUGGAGUUUGCACUGUUCUUGCGUUUGCGGAGGGUGGAGUUUGGCACAGCGGGCUUUCCCUUCCCUGCAGGGGUAUAGGCGAACUCAGUGAAGCCCGCAAUAGCGUUUCUCUGUUUUAAAAACUCGUUGCAAAAGCAUAUCUGAAAGAAGGCAGGGAUGAGGUUUUUGUGAAAGGUGACAGGCCCGAGAGCGGCUCAGGCAGCUGCUGAGUGAGCAUUCUUAUGCUGUCUCAAAAGUGUGCCACUGCAACUCUAAAAGUAGCAUCUCAAAUAACAGGGCCAAUAGUUGCUUUUGCAAGUGAGAAUGUUUUUUGCAAGACAUUAUGUGAUGUGUCACUUACAGUCUGGCUGACAGUGGCUGGUCAAUCUGGAGAACACUGUCUUCAGAAGUUCCAGUUCCAUCCAAGGCAAACCUUGAAGAUGUGGACAGCUAUUGUGUGUCUGCUGCUGAUUUCCUUAUGCAUGACUGAAAACAGGAGUUCUCUCUUAAAGGAGAGUGGAGUCCAGAUAACACAGAUACACCACUUCAGUAGUGAGAAGCAUUGCAAACAAGCUUGUAGAGGCCCAACAGUUUCACGUAAUAGCUCCUGCUGGUCAGUCCUGUAUCGAAGCCACUGUGUCCUCCUGCGCUGUCCUCAACUGAGUGCGUGCCAGAAUGCCAACAUGCAGGAUAUUAAAGAACUAAUGGGAGAGUUUGUGAUCCGUAAAAGAAGACAGAAUGAUGUGCUCGAGAAGACCAAUAAUACUGAAAAGCCUACUGGAGGACAUGGGAUGCUGACUAAUCGGGAACCCAUUAAGACAAGUUCUACAGAAGUGCCUCUUCCAUUGAAAGUUCAAGCAAGAACAAUAUCGGAUAAUACUGCAAUCAACCUAACAGUAGGGACUACAUCAGUUGCAAACAAGGCUACUACUACCAUGCCUGUAACUACUGCCAUCCUUCAACUUACAAGAGGAUCAGCAACCAUAAGCACGACUGGUAACCACAUAACCACAAUUGGUGGUAAAGCAACUGUUGGAGCCCCAAACUUCUCUUCGGCUCCAAAUAUCCCUUCUCACGGUUCAUCAUUGGCUACCACAUCUAUCCUUCCAAAUGACAGUACUACUGCAGUUGAGAAUACAGCAAACUCCAAAGGGACACACAUUAGUGAGUUAACUUCAAGAGAAGAUAAUAAAAUGACAGAACCUCUUCCUAAGACUGUUGCUACUCCUGGCUCCACAACAACAAAAUACCUAGGGCUUCCCACAUCCCUCAGAACAGCUUUUACACCCAGUACUGCUGCACCUUUUGGCUCUGGCACUGCUGGAAGUAGCUCAAGACCAGUAAACUUGCCUACUUCUGCAACAUCACCAUCCCUUUUAGCAGUUACAAGCACAUCUCUAAUAACUACAAGACCAGCUGUGGUUUCAACAGCUACAGCAACAACAAAGUCAACAACUCACUUUCAGACAAUUGUGAUUGAGAUGAUAGAGCCCCCUCUAGUUAGUGUGGCUCCUACAGUCUCUACAAAGGGUGCUGAAACCCCUACAGUCUCUACAAAGGGUGCCAAGACCUCCCCUAUUACACAGCAAGCAGAGAUUGCCAGUCCACUGGUGAUGACAAAAAACUCUGUCACUUCCUUGACAACGCUUUCAACUAAAAUUCCAAUAACUUCAUCCAAAUCAAAAGCCAUAGAACAAAGCAAAGAGCAGGACACGGGUGGCAGGAGUAGCUAUCAGCCAGCAGAUGUCAGUUUGCUCUUAGCAGUGCUUCUCUUUGGAAUCCUGUUUUUCAUAACAAUUGUAGUUCUAUUUGUCAUACAGGCCUAUGAGAGCUACAGGAAGAAAGACUACACUCAGGUGGACUACCUAAUCAAUGGGAUGUAUGCAGACUCAGAAAUGUGAAAGCAACAGAGAUGCAAAGGAAGAAGCUUAAUAUAUACAACUGUUACUGAGGGAGGUUGAAAGCCUAGGGUGGUUUGUCUUUCAAUUCCCUGUCUUGCCUAUAAGACCAACUGAAAGUGCUUCCAAAUUACUUUUGGUGCAAUUUAGGAGAAAUGCCAUGUAUUCUACUUCAAGUAUUUUUAUUUUUUUUAAAUUCACAGUUACAGGUUGCCAUGGAUAUAUCACUUCCAAAACUGCCGUAUCGCUUCUGUUGUGCCAGUUUUGUUUGCCAUUGCAAAGGAAAAUACAGUCCUCCCAGGACUGUGUUGCUUCAUAGACUCAGUUCCUCAGGUUCUUCUAAUGUCCUACCUAUUCCUGUGUGACAAAGGGUGAAAAUGAACAUUUCCAAAGAAAGGGUUUUUUAGAGCCAGCAUAGCUAUUACCUGCAAGCUGCAAGGGACUGUGCCUAUUGCUGCUAGUCCAAAUGGCUGACCAUGGACUGCAGUAUUGGUGCAGAUGGCACAACCCAGAAGAGUGACCAGUGCAAACACCUUGUGCAGGAUGGGGCCUCUUCAUUAGGGUACGUUUUAGCUUCAGUACUUCUAGCUACAGUGCUAAACCAGCCAUGGGGGAAACUGCUGGUGCAAGAUGCAACCCAAGGAUGAUCCUUGUUUACAGGUUAUAAGGAGUUGUGAAGAAGGAAAGCUCCCUAGAAUUGCUAAGCAUAAUUUUUACUCCCUGUGGGGGAAUGUUGGUGGAACAGGUAUCUUGUUUCACAAGCUCCCUGCUUGUUAACAAUUUGUUUACUAGACCCUGCUUAAUGCUGUACUAUCCCCUGAUCAUGAUGGUUCUUGCCUGAGGUGGCUUUGCACUUCUAUAUGAUUUUAUUUUUGUACCCACUCACUUAAUAAAUGAGGCCCUAGAGGGCAUGUAAAAGCUU